AUGAGUACAUUAACAAGCAAUGAAAGAGUGUGGAGGAAAUUAACGUCCCAUUUAGAGGCAGCCGCCGUAGCAGCGGUAAACAAAUCGUUAAUAAUGAUUGAUAGAUCUCAAGCGGCCUUGUCUCCGGCGGCGCGUGCGCACUGCCGGCUCCCGCUGCAGAUACGAAAACUACUAUUUGAUAAUGGAGUUACCGGUCGAGUUGACCUAAUGCACCCUAAUCGUGUUAGCGACUGCUGCCGCCCCCGACCGCGGGACCUCGGGACUGCGGGGGACGCCGCGCCGGACGACGCAAACACU